CGGCAGAACCGGAGGGAACCCCAUGCGGCGUUAAUUUUAUCGCUGGCACGUGAAGGAAGGUUCUUACUCGCUCGGUUGAUUUCGAACGGCCAACACCGCGACGCAGCUGCCAGCAGUCUUAGCGCUCCUCGUGCCACAGUGAAAGCAGUUCAGUCCGACGGGCAGCAACGGAACGGAAGGCGCAGGCCAAACGACCAAUCUACAAUCAAACGCGUGUCCGAUCAAUCCAGCACCAAACACAAACGAUUGGAGAAGAUGGCCAAACCUGCGUACAAAGUUGCCGACAUUUCACUGGCCGAGUUCGGGCGGAAGGAGAUCGUGCUGGCGGAGAAUGAGAUGCCGGGCCUGAUGGCGUGCCGCCAAAAGUACGGCCCGCUCAAGAUCCUGAAGGGUGCCCGGAUAGCGGGCUGCCUGCACAUGACCAUCCAGACGGCCGUCCUCAUCGAAACGCUGAUCGAGCUGGGCGCUGAGGUCCAAUGGAGCAGCUGUAACAUCUUCAGCACGCAGGACCAUGCGGCCGCCGCGAUGGCCAAGGCGGGCGUGCCGGUGUACGCGUGGAAGGGCGAAACGGACGAGGAGUACAUGUGGUGCAUCCGGCAGACGCUCAUCUUCCCGGACGGCAAGCCGCUGAACAUGAUCCUGGACGAUGGCGGCGACCUGACCAACCUGGUGCACGCCGAGCACCCGGAGCUGCUGAAGGAGAUCCGCGGGCUGAGCGAGGAAACGACGACCGGCGUCCACAACCUGUACAAGAUGUUCCGCGAGGGCCGCCUCGGCAUGCCGGCGAUCAACGUGAACGAUUCGGUCACGAAGAGCAAGUUCGACAACCUGUACGGCUGCCGGGAGUCGCUGCUGGACGGCAUCAAGCGGGCGACGGACGUGAUGAUCGCGGGCAAGGUGUGCGUGGUCGCCGGGUACGGCGAUGUGGGCAAGGGUUGCGCCCAGGCACUGCGCGGUUCCGGCGGGCGCGUGCUAAUCACCGAAAUCGAUCCCAUCAACGCGCUGCAGGCGGCGAUGGAAGGCUACGAGGUGACGACGAUGGAGGAGGCAAGCAAGGAGGCGCAAAUCUUCGUCACGACGACCGGCUGCACCGACAUCAUCAUGGGCGAGCACUUCCUCAACAUGAAGGACGACUCGAUCGUGUGCAAUAUCGGGCACUUUGACUGCGAGAUCAACGUGACCUGGCUGCAGGAGAAUGCGGUCGAGAAGGUGAACAUCAAGCCGCAGGUCGACCGGUACCGGCUGGCGAACGGCAACCACAUCAUCCUGCUGGCGGAGGGCCGGCUGGUGAAUCUGGGCUGCGCGAUGGGCCACUCCAGCUUCGUCAUGUCGAACUCGUUCACCAACCAGGUGCUGGCACAGAUCGAGCUGUGGACGAACCGGGAGCAGUACGCGAUCGGCGUGCACGUGCUGCCGAAGAAGCUGGACGAGGAGGUGGCCGCUCUGCACCUGGACAAGCUGGGCGUGAAGCUGACGAAGCUGAGCGCGCGGCAGGCCGAGUACCUGAACCUGCCGGCCGAGGGCCCAUACAAACCGGAACACUACCGCUACUAAGCGCGUCGGACCGUGCCCGGCCCGGGUUUGGCAAAAGAGGGGAAAAGUGCGAGGGAAGGGGAGAGGGAAAAAUUAUGGUGUGAAGCACAUCACGUUUUAAUAAAAACAAACAUGUAAAGCGUA